CUUUACAACUGCCAGUGGUCUGAGAUGUCUCCAGAGUUCCAACCACUGUGUGUGUAUCAGCUCUUGGCUCCCACAAUGCAGGCUGUUCCCAUUCUCCUAUCUGACUCUUAUUUUCAUGGCUGGCUCCUCCUUAUCCUUCAGCUGUCAUCUCAGGUGUUACCUCCUCAGAGAAGCCUUCCCUGAUCACCCUACUUAAACUUACCCUCUAUUUCACACUGCUUUAUUUUCUCUAAAGCACAGACCAUAAUCAGUGAUUAUCUGGCUCUUUUUUUAUUUCCCUUGUUUGUUAUCUAUUUUCCCCACCAGACUAAAAGAUCCCCAUGGGCAUGGACUGGGUCUGCCUUGUCCUCUGCUAUAUAUCCCCAGUGUCUCAGUAGUGCCUGGUACAUAGUGGUUGUUCAAUAAAUAUUUGUGAAAUGAAUAAGGGAUAGUAAGAACAGAAUUUUGUCUUCAGCAUUCUUCCCUUAGCAUGUCAUCACGACCAUUUUUCUGUUACUAGCUAGUCUGUGAGAUUAGCUGGACUUGAUGUUUAGUGAGGGCCCUCCCUGUUCUGACAAGAUGAAUGAGUGUGUAGGAGGUGAGUGUGAACAGGAAGUCAGCUCCCUGGCAUCACUCACAGCCCAGACUGAGUGGGGAACCCAGGUCCUGCUCAGAGGCUGUUGCCGUGGAAAUUCAUUCACGAAGCAAACGUCCUUGUGCCCCAUCUCAGUGCCAGGCUGUUGAUGUUUGUAGAGGACAUAGGGCCCAUACUGGUGAACUCGUGGGCUAUGGUGGGGAUGGAGGAGCGGCAGACAGGAGAACAACUAGCGAUGAGACAGGCACUAAGCGAAAUGCCCAGUAAGCAAAAACAGGUGGACUCAGUGCUGGGGGGUGUCCACCUGCACAAUGCAUUUAUUCAUUUGACAAAGAAUCAUCAAGACCCCACUGUGUGCUCGGCACUCUUCUAAGCGCUGAGUUCAGAACAGCAAAGAAGCCAGAUAGGAUUCCUGUCCUCUUGAUGCUCACGUUCUAGUGGAGGAGACGAGCAAUAAACACACAAUCAAAUAAAUGAGCAAGAUCAUCAGAGACAGCCGAUGGUGCAGGAAGACUGUGAAACAAGAUGUGUGACAGAGUGUAAGGGAUGGUACUGUACAAGCAACACCUGUCUGAGGAGUCAGCGUCAGAGUUGAUACAUUUAUGACACAAAGGAAUCAUGGGGAGACAGUGAAGUGGACCAGCCAGAGGAAGCAGCAAGUGCAAAGUGGUGAGGCUGAAAGGAGCUCAGAGCGACGGGGGAACAGAAGGCCACGUUGGCUGGAUGGACCUGGGAGGGAGCUGAAGGAGCAGCUUCAGGCCCUUCAGGACAGCGAGCGGGAGCACACGGAGGCGCUGCAGCUGCUCAAGCGACAGCUGGCAGAGACCAAGUCUUCCACCAAAAGCCUGCGGACCACCAUCGGUGAAGCCUUCGAGCGACUGCACCGGCUUCUGCGAGAGCGGCAGAAAGCCAUGCUGGAGGAGCUGGAGGCGGACACCGCCCGCACACUGACUGACAUUGAGCAGAAAGUGCAGCGCUACAGCCAGCAGCUGCGCAAGGUGCAGGAGGGGACCCAGAUCCUGCAGGAGCGGCUGGCCGAAACUGACCGGCACUCCUUCCUGGCUGGGGUGGCCUCGCUGUCUGAGCGGCUCAAAGGGAAAAUCCAUGAGACCAAUCUGACCUAUGAAGACUUCCCGACCUCCAAGUACACAGGCCCCCUGCAGUACACCAUCUGGAAGUCCCUGUUCCAAGACAUCCACCCAGUGCCAGCCGCCCUGACCCUGGACCCAGGCACUGCCCAUCAGCGCCUGAUCCUGUCUGACGACUGCACCAUCGUGGCCUAUGGCAACCUGCACCCACAGCCUCUGCAGGACUCGCCCAAGCGCUUUGACGUGGAGGUGUCAGUGCUGGGCUCCGAGGCCUUCAGCAGCGGCGUCCACUACUGGGAGGUGGUGGUGGCCGAGAAGACCCAGUGGGUGAUCGGGCUGGCACACGAGGCCGCAAGCCGCAAAGGCAGCAUCCAGAUCCAACCCAGCCGCGGCUUUUACUGCAUCGUGAUGCAUGACGGCAACCAGUACAGUGCCUGCACCGAGCCCUGGACGCGGCUCAACGUCCGCGGCAAGCUUGACAAGGUGGGCGUCUUCCUGGACUACGACCAAGGCCUGCUCAUCUUCUAUAACGCCGACGACAUGUCCUGGCUCUAUACCUUCCGCGAGAAGUUUCCCGGCAAGCUGUGCUCCUACUUCAGCCCCGGGCAGAGCCAUGCAAACGGCAAGAACGUGCAGCCCUUGCGGAUCAACACCGUCCGCAUUUAGCGCGGCGGCGGAGGGAGACAGCAGGCGCUGGGCCACGGUCACCAGCAAGAGCCCUGCCCUGGGGAAGGGAGGCGGGGCUCCGGCCCAGCUUGGCAGCCCUGGGGUGCCGGGCGGUUGUUUACCCUGCAGCCUCCAUUUCCGUCAGUAAAAUGGAGGCUGUGCUCCAUGAUUCCUAAACUCUCUAACAGCAUUGAUGUUCUGUAACUCUGACCUUGACGGGAGUGCAGCUUUGGUCCAAGGAUGUGACACAGCUACUCCUCAGGGCAGCCCAUGCCCAACCCUUAUCCCCAUCCUCUCAGGGACAGGGGACUUCCUCCCUUUGUCUCCCUCCUGCCCGCACGCCCGAUCUCAGGAUGUGUCAGAGUGUUGCCAGCAGGUGGCAGCAGCGAAGAUACACAGAACUCAUGCUCCCAGGCCUGAUGCCCUGACCCGGCUAGUGAUGGGCCCUUUUACCCUUGACCCCAGCCCACAGUGGACACAGGCAGUAGCUGGUCCUAGGGUUGCCGAAGAACCACCCUCCUCUUCUACCUCCGAACCAAGAGCUUUACAGUUCCUGCUCUUCCCACUUAACCUGCAGGCAGAGAUGGUGCUAUGGCCUGCGGAAGGCACCCAGUAAUUGAGCCCACGUUAGUCCCUGGGCCACCACCUUCCUGCCCACAGGUCUAAUGACAGGAUGAUGGCACUCACCGAGCCCACUAGCCUAAAGGCAGCUGCGGGACAGCAUCGCUGGAUGAUGGAGGUUCCUGGAGCUUGGGAAGGGGCCAGCCAGGCCUGUGACCAGACUAGGCUGUGAGGAGCCACUGUUUUAGCCCUAAGGACCUGAGCGGUGGGACAUGCUGUUGGCUGGCACCUCUCAUCAGACUUGGCAUUCAUCUCAGGAUCAUGUUGCAGAAAACAAGAGCUGCUUUUAGCUAGUUUAAUUAGACAGGAUUUAUUACUAGACCCCCAGUGGCUUUAUAAAACCAUUGGAAGGGCUGGAGAUGCAGACUAUUCGCUGAAUUUCCAGGAACAACUCCCAGACGACAGAUUCAUAUGGUCUCUCCUGCCCAGGAAUGCUUUGGGAAGCCACUGAAUCAGGCAGCCGCUGACGACUGUUUCCUGUGCUACCAUCCGAGCCAGCAAAUGGACAUCCCGAGACCUGCCUCUCUCCCACUCAGUUCAGUUCCCAAAUCCAAAUCGCUAUAAGGGAUUUUAUUUGGGGAAACUUAGAUGAGAUCCAGAACCUUGGUUACAAGAGGUCCUGGGAAAUGUAGUUUUCUCUGUAGCCUCAGCCACAUCAAAAGGCCAACCAGAAGGAAGAAAGAAUGGAUGUUGAACAUCCAUCCAUGGUUUUUGCCACAAGUCUUUGGCUUUGAAGCAGCAGAACCUCCGUGGCUGUGUGCAUGCUCAGGGGCCGGAGCCAAGGGGUAGGCCUGCAGGACCAAGCAAAAAUGUCUCUCCAGCCUUAGCUUUUCUUUCUAGUCCUGAGUCCUAGAUUCUGAACUUGGGGUCUCUGCCCAUACCCAUCCCAAAGGAGCCAGACUAAUUGAACUCAGCAGCUCCCAUCUCACAAUUGCUGCAUACCAGGCCUCCCUUGGGCAGGAGGAAUCCUCAGCUCUCACCCCAUCCAUUCAUCUACCAGAAUCUGGGCCACUCCAACAGUAUUUUUAUUUUAAAUAUUGCCCAUUUUGUGAGUUAUGAUGAAUUUGUAUUAAAUUAAAGUUACAGGGUGUCAGUG